AUGGCUUCACUAAACGUUUCCCGAGUUGGUAACAUCAGCGGCCAGUACCGCUGGCAGUUUAAAGAAGACUACAAGUACAUCCUUCUUCCGGCUGGUUACGGGGUGGUGCUCCUGCUCGGCCUGGUGCUCAAUGGCAUCACCUUGUACGCCAUGCUGUUCUGCAUCAAGCGCUGGAACGCCAGCACCAUCUUCAUGAUCAACCUGAUCAUGUGCGACACCCUCUACAUCCUCACGCUUCCCUUCCUCAUCUACUACUACGCCGACAAGAACGACUGGCACUUGGACGAGGCCCUCUGCAAAAUCGUCCGCUUCCUGUUCUACGCCCACCUCUACGGUCGCAUCCUGUUCCUCAGCUGCAUCAGCCUCCACUGCUAUCUGGGCGUGCGCCACCCGGUGCACUCCAUGAACUGGGUCAGUGCCCUCCGUGCGGGCCGUGGUGGGCCGUGCGGGCCGUGGUGGACCGUGUGGGCCAUGGUGCUGGCCUUCCAGGUGCCUGUUUUCCACUUUGUCCGCACCGCUGACUCCGGGAGCGAGCGCGUCUGCCACGACACCACGUCCAAGGAGCUGUUCAACGACUUCUGGGCGUACAGCUCGGUGGUGUCCGUGGCGUUCUUCACCCUCCCCUUCUCCGUGGUGCUCAUUUGCACCGGGCUGAUGGUGCGCGUGCUGCUGCAAGGCGGCGGAGUGGGCGGCUCGGCGUCGCGGCGCUCCAAGCGGAAGUCGGCGAGGACCAUGGUCCUCGUGAUGCUGGCCUUCAUGCUCGGCUUCCUGCCUUUCCACGUCACCCGGGGUCUGUACUACUGCUUCCGGCACCACAACUGUGGCUUGCUGGAGGCUACCGGUGUGGCCUACAAGGUCAUGAGGCCACUGGUCAGCGCCAACAGCUGCAUAGACCCCAUCCUCUACCUCUUGGCUGGCCAGGGUUUCCAUUCCCUAAGCAAGACAACUAAGAAAAGUAGAACAUCUGGUGCGAGGAUGUAUCACUCAACUCCAGUAUAA